UUAGCAAUAUCCACAGCAUCUCGCUGACACGCAAUGGGUCUUCUCUCCUGGUUCAGAGGCUCUCCCAAGCCUCAACCCGAGCCCAAGCCCUCCAGCGCGCCGGCCGCUCCGAACUCGUCCCCCGGAGCUCCCGGCAUGAACGGCGCCGUCGAGGUCCCCCGGCCGGCCAACGUCACCGUCUUCGAGUUCGGGUCCGUGGCCGCCACCGCCGACAAGGUCACCCUCGCCGGGUACUGCCCCGUCUCCGACGACCUCGAGCCCUGCCGCUGGGAGGUCCUCCCCGCGGCCGGCUCCGACGCGCCGCAGUUCCGCGUGGUCUUCUGAGAGGGAAAGGAGGAGAAAGCGACCUGCUUUGCAUAAUGAGAGUGUGAAUUUGUGGAGAUUCUCGUUCGGUAUCUGGGAUUGAGGGGGGAAAAAGAUGUGAUUUUGCUUAUAUAUAGACGAUGACUGUUGAGGAUGAUGAUUGAAUCAUAUGAGCUUCCUGUUCUGUGUC